UGACAUGAUCCUGUGUUAUCUGUGGUAGCGUACCAGUACAACCACCUUUAUCGUCCUGAAACAACAACUUCACAGGCAUACAGGGGCGGCUAGCUAUGACACAGGACGACUUGACUACUAGCUAGUUUAAUAGCCAGCCUGUGGACAUAGGACUUCAGUUGCAACAGUAAAUUCAGGGAGGGACCUCGAAACAGUCCAUGGUAUGUAGCCAAUGUCGUCCCCUGUGGAUAUUUGGUUGUAUGGAGCACGACACCUUCUUUUCAUGUGUUGCGAACCAUGAAAAGUUACUUCAAAACAGAAAGAGGAAGUGACACAAUACAAGUACUCAUUUCCUCGAUACGUCGGUGAAGGUAAGACGUCCAGCUCAGAAUGACUCCGAAAUCCAAAACGCGCCUCGUAAUCAUUCUGCUGCUGCUACUGGUGGCGGUGGAGUUUUCUGGGGGGUGGCGGCGGCGUCGGAGAAGGCGGGUGUGUCAUGUGGUGCACUGCGCCUGGGGCCCGUGGGGCAGCUGGGGCGGCUGCACGGCACCCUGCGGGAACUCUGGCACCCGAACCCGGACCAGGGGGGUCGCCCAUCACGCUCAGUGUGGCGGGGCGGGCUGCGCGGGACCGAGCUCACAGACGGAGCCGUGUAACCGGUUCUGUAACAAUGGCGGGACUCCGUACGCCUCUCACUGUGCAUGUGAAGGUGACUACUGGAACACCUGCUGUCAAUCAGCCUGUAGUCCGAUCAGCCACUGCGCCAGUCUGAGCUGUACCCACGGCAGUAACCAGCAGUGUGUGCGGUGUGACGGAGACUUCGGGGUCCUGGGACAGGCCUACCACAACCUGGGAACCAGCUGUAGAAAGGCCUGUUCGUGGCGUGAGGACAGCAACAGCUGUUACCCAGGGACCUGUGCGUCAGGUGUUCAAUCCUGCACCUGCGCACCUGGCUUUGGAGGGCCGCACUGUCGCACAGUCCUGCAGGGUCCAGCAUUUCAUGACUGUUCCUAUGAACUGACAGGCAACAAUGGGAUUGCCACUUCACACGGCAGUUGCAGCCGCUCCAGUGAGGACGGUGACGCAGCCCACAUCAACAUGGCGCACGUGGAGCGGAUCAGAGUCAGGUGGACUGCCACCUUCCAGCCUCCCAACCUCCCUGCCCCUCCGGUCUACGUAAAAAGUAUGGCUCUCGGCAUCAUAGAGGGAACCAUUGCCGUGUCAUUGCAAAACGAGACAGAUAUGACUGCUUCUGCCACCACAACCUGUAGCACAGCCAUAGGCAGAGGGACAGCAGAUGUACCAGAGCAGGGCGUGUUCACCUGUGAGGAGGACAUCUCGGUGGAAUGGACUGCCUCCAACGGACAAGGGAUCCAAAUCCUCCUGAUGGCCACAGCCGGAGGAAACGUUCACCUGUACGAUCGGGACGACAACAGCACAGUGAAGGUCAAGUACUUCACCGCUCUCCAAGCGAACCACACGGCUGACAUCAUCUUCGGCAUCGAGGCACCAUCACCAGAAGGUACAGAAGGCCGUACUGACAUCCCCUGGGUCCUGUACGGUGGGCUUGCUGCAGGAGUUGUCCUCUUCCUCAUCAUCACUGUGGCCGUCUGCUGCUGCUGCUGCUGUAGGAAGGGCCAGACGAAUACCGGGCAAACCCCCUCCCCAAACUGCAACAACGCCUACAGCCACGACAUAUACGAUAACGCUGGGGGUGCAUCCACGGCUAGCGGGGACUCUUAUAAUUAUUACCUCCGGCCUUUACCUCCCACCCCAGGCAAUGUGCCUCCUAAGAGAGUCAAUGUGCCUCCUAAGACAUUAGAGAAAAAUACUGAGUAUGAGGAAGUUGACGAUCGUUAUCAAGCGCUCAAGCCUCGCAAUACUGACUACCAGGGGCUGAAACCUCGUGGUCAUGAUUAUCAGGGGCUCAAGCCUCACUAGACAAGGGAACCUAUUAGGCUCUUACUUCUAAUGCAUGCAUCUUUCACAUAACCUGAUGAUCUGUUGGACAGCUGACGUAACAUCAUAUGGUACAUCUGUUCAUCAGAUAGCCCUAUUUCUAAUUACGUAUAUGAUUUAUAAUACCUAUCCAGGUGGCAAUGCGAAGACAACUGUAUUUAAUGUUAGAAAUAGUUCAUAAUACACUUUUCUCUUUUCAAUG